CUGUUCUCACAUCAGUCUUCCGGUCGUGGGCAACAUGGUUGCAGAAGUGUAGCAAUUUCCAUCUGGCUGCGCAUCUGCUGAAGAGUUUUUGUGUCGUUUUGAGAGUUGUAUUCAUAGCAUAUACUAUAUUUAUAAACUAAUCCAGCGGCAAAAUGAACAUACGCAACGCGCGGCCGGAGGAUCUGAUGAACAUGCAGCAUUGUAACCUGCUGUGUCUUCCAGAGAACUAUCAGAUGAAAUAUUACUUCUACCACGGCCUCUCCUGGCCUCAGCUGUCAUAUAUAGCAGAGGAUGAGUACGGUAAGAUAGUGGGAUACGUUUUGGCCAAAAUGGAGGAGGAUCCUGAUGAUGUGCCACAUGGACAUAUCACAUCACUGGCAGUUAAACGCUCUCACAGGCGUCUUGGACUGGCACAGAAACUGAUGGAUCAGGCCAGCAGAGCCAUGAUUGAAAACUUCAAUGCUAAAUAUGUUUCUUUACAUGUUAGGAAGAGUAACCGGGCAGCCCUUCACUUGUACUCAAAUACACUCAAGUUUCAAAUCAGUGAAGUGGAGCCCAAAUAUUAUGCAGAUGGAGAAGAUGCUUAUGCCAUGAAGAGGAAUCUCACACAAAUGGCAGAUGAGCCCAGACCAAACAUUUAUGAUGUGCAGUUGCAGAAACCAGGUGUGCGUCUGUGGGGAUCAGAGAAUCUGGCAUCUCAGGACACAUCCGUGACUGGCCUCGUGGAGAAGCUGACGUUGCAGGAUGGAGACAGCGGAGGAGAGAGUAAAGAAAUGAGCGAGGUCAGCGAGGCCACGGAGAGCACAGACGUCAAAGACUCCUCUUCAGACUCUUAACUCGCAUAUCUGUAUUCACACAUCUUUUAGGCUUCAAAUCAGUGUUUAUAUGCACACCUGUGGUUUCUCUUUUAUUUAAUUUUUUAGAGUGCAGGAACAAGACCUUGUAAAAGAAGCUUUGAAGUUAUUUGUGAAAAAUUGGUCAAUAAAAUUAGAGAACAAACGUGUUUGGUGUUGUCCUGGCAAU